GAACAUUAAAACAGUCUAGUGAUUGCACCGCAUCUGACAUGUAUGUCUCAGCGACUUUCUUGGUUGCAAUCGCAAUUUUUAUUGAUUGCAGCCGCUCUGCUGCACUCGAAGAUGACGUGACAAAUUUUUCGUAUGAAAUCUCCAAAUUGGCGAGGACGAGAAAAUCAUCUACUGCUUUGGAAAAAUUGAUAAAAAAUUUAGCACUUCCUGAAAAUUGGCAUGCAGAUCCCAAAAUUAGUAUCGACGAAGUGAGCCCUCGGGUGACCUGCACAACCUGCAAGGCUUUUGCUAAAAGUAUUCUUGAAUUAAGACGCAAUGGAACAACCGCAGAAGCUAUUCAAGACACAAUAAUCAAUCUGUGCAUUCGCUUACAUCUUCAUACAGAAAGUGUCUGUCGUGGAUCUACAAAACUCAAUGCACCAGUUUUCUUCUGGAUCAUCGACAACGAUCCAACGGUCACAGCAAACGAUUACUGUGCACUUGCCCUGCAGAAUUCUCAUUGCGUUUCAGCACCAGCUAAAUUCGAAUGGACAGUGGAGAUUGACAGGAGUCCGCCAAAAUUGCUGGAUGCAACACCAUCAGAGGAACACCUAAAAAUAGUUCACGUCUCGGACAUUCAUUACGAUCCCCUCUACGAACCUAAUGGAAAUGCCAAAUGUGGUCAGCCCAAUUGCUGCCGAAAAGGCCAAGGACCAUCACCUGCAGGUGCACCUCCUGCUGGUUACUGGGGGGAUUAUCGUGUCUGCGACACACCCUGGCAUGCAGUCAUUGAUGCUCUGGACCACAUAAACAAAACUCAUUCGGAUGCUGAAUAUAUUUAUUAUACAGGUGACAUCGUCGAUCACGGAGAAUGGGAAACAACUCGUGAAGGAAAUAUAAAAAUAAUACAAGAUGUAUUUAAAAAAAUUAAAACGACCUUCAAAGACACUCCGGUGUUUCCAAUAAUCGGAAAUCACGAGGCGAAUCCUUUGAAUUUAUUUGCCUCUGCAAAAGUUGAUGAUGACAAAGUGUCAACCAAAUGGCUGUACGAAUUAUUAGCUGACAUCUGGAUAAAUUAUGGCUGGCUUCCAGAAUCCACCAGGAGUUCAAUCCUCCAGGGGGGAUUUUACACACUUUCUCCCAGGAAAGGAUUUCGAAUUAUUGCCCUCAAUAAUAAUGUGGCGUACACGUAUAACUGGUGGCUAAUCUACGAGCCAAAGGAUCUGGGAGGUCAACUCAAAUGGCUGGCGAAUACUUUGCUCGAGGCUGAAAAGAACAAAGAGUUCGUCCACAUUUUGGUUCACGUGCCCUCGGGCAAUCAUGACCAGCAGAACACGUGGAGUCGAGAGUAUCGAAAGAUUAUAAAUCGAUUCUCCCACAUUAUUGCUGGACAAUUCAACGGUCACACUCACAGUGAUGAGUUCAAUAUUUUUUAUGAACCCAGAAACUUCAGCAAUAUUAUCAACAUCGCCUGGAAUGGGGGCAGCAUAACCACUUGGUCAUACGUUAAUCCCAAUUACAGAACUUACACAGUAAAUGGGAAAACCUACGACGUGGAGGACGCAGAUAAUUGGAUGUACAAUCUCACAGAAGCCAAUUUGACCCCUGAAAAGCGGCCUAACUGGGUGAAAUCGUAUUCAUUCAAAGAAGAAUAUGGACUAAAAGAUUUAUCCAAAAGAAGCAUAAGUGAUUUGGUCGUUGAAUUAUCCAAGAAAGGCCCAAAAUCGACGGCUUAUCACAGGCACAUGGCGAAAGAUGCGAAAAUAAAAGGAAAUUCCUGGAACUGUGAUAAAAAAUGUGCCAUCAAGAAUGUGUGCAAAAUAGUCACUAGCGUUAAUAACAAUAAUGCUGAUUGUAAUUACAUCAAAGGACUGAAGCCUUAAAAGAUAUGUAGAGUAAUCAUUACAAUCAAUUUAGUCUGAUGCGGAUUGACUCUACAAUUUAGUGCGCAAGCCAACAAUUCCCGAAAUUACGAUUUCUAUGAGAAAUAAUCGAAGAAAAAUGUUAACUUUUAUAUUUUUAAAUUUAUUUUUCACUCUACAAUCAACGACUGAAUUGGAGUUCGUUAACACUUCAUUAAUAUGAGCUUUUAAUUUAUUUAAUUGAUUGAUUCUGUAUGGAUAAACUUAUAAAAAAAUACGAUUUCAAUUCGAUCUAUUGCAUUUCUAAUAACUAUAAUUAUCCAUAUGUACAAGGGAGACUCAAUCGUCUGUCGAGGGAGAGCUAAUACUAAAAAAUCAUAUCUACAA